ACACAUCUGCCGCCAUGGUGAAUGAGAAGCACAGUGGCACCCUGCUUGUGCAGCUGGGGCCCAAACUGCAGGCCCACCCAGAGAAGCUGCUCCGGCAGCGGCGAGGCCACGACGACCGGCCGGAAUACCUGGUCCGGUGGAGCGUUGUGAGCUUGGAAGAGAGAGCAGCGGGAGGCAGCAGUGCCGCCUCUGGAGAGACCAAGGCAGAGAACAUCUCCCUGUGGAUGUCUGCAGAAGAGGUCAGCGCCAGCUGCCCGGCGCUGCUGGGCCACAGGAGGCCGGAAGGGCCGCGGCUGAAGGAGGAGAAGGCGCCCGGGCCCUUGGCCGCGGUCGUCCCGCUGGACGAAGCCUCGCUGGACGAAGCGUCGCUGCUGGAGAUGAAGGCCGAUGUCAGGAGCCUGGUGCAGCGAGCCCGGCGCCAGGUGGCCGAGGCCGGGAGCCCCGAGUGCUCCAUCCUGAGCACGGUGCACGUGCUGGGCGCCUACGCCAGCAUCGGCUCCCUGGCGGGCGCCUUCAGAGAAGCGGGAGCCCUGGAGCUGCUGACGGCCAUGCUGUGCCACAGGGAGAAGCGGAUCCGCCGCGGUGCCGGCGAGAUGCUGCGCGCUCUGGGUGCUCAUGAUGCAGGAAUCUGGGCCUAUGUCCUGCUGUCCCUGAGCCAGCAGGAUGGCAUUGAGCAGCACAUGGACUUUGACAGUCGCUGCACCUUGCUGGAGCUGUUUGCUGAGAUCACGUCCUCUGCAGAGCACCGCAUGUCCUUCGAGGGGAUUCACCUGCCGCAGAUCCCUGGGAAGCAGCUGUUUGUCCUGGUGAAGCGCUACCUGUGUGUGACUUCUCUCCUGGACAAGCUGAGCAGCGGCGUGGAGCAGGGAGAGGAGCAGCAGGGCUGUGCUGUGCCCAGCCGUGUCCCUGAGGAGAGGAGCCGUGUGAAGCAGGAGUUUGAGUUCAGCAUGGCCAUGGCAAACCUCAUCUCGGAGCUGGUGCGCGCGAUGGGCUGGAGCCACGGGCACGAGGCAGAGCCGCUGCCCCGGCGGGACCUGCGGCCUGGCCGUGCCCGCUCCAUCUUCCAGCACAAGACCCCGGCCGGGACCACUGCCGAAGCGGCCCCCGCGUCCCCAGCAAAGGAGCCCGUGACCUUCAAGAGGCGCUCGGCCUUCCCGAGCCGCAGCAGCUACGCGGAGUACGUGCAGGCCACGCUGGUGAGCGGCAUGAGGGUGCGCAUGCUCGAGGACUACGAGCAGGUCAGCGCCGGCGACGAGGGCGACUUCUGCCGCAGCAAUGACGACGUGCCCCCGGUGCAGGUGUACUGGCAGGCUCUGGGCAGUACGUACUGGGUUCACUGGCACAUGGUCGAGAUCAUUGGCCCUUCAGAACAAAAGGAGCUUGAGGGCCAGGAGAAGGUGAACAGCCUGACACGAAACCACGGACUGAGAGCAGGUCCACAGCCAUUGCUGUGCAAGCCCUUGGGGGGGCUGUACUCCCCGCCUUACCUGGGGCAGCGGCUGCCCAAGGCUGCAGACACCCUGAGCCGCGCUGAAUGGUGGGAGCUGCUCUUCUUUGUGAGGAAGCUGGAAGCACAGGAGCAGAAAGAGAUCACCUGUCUCAUCCAGCAGCACCAGGGAGAGCAGCUGUCGGAGGUGGAUGAAGAAGCCCUGAUGCAGCUGUCGGUACCUGUGGAGCUGGCCCAGAAGGUGUUGCAGGUCCUGGAGGAGCGGUGCCAGGGCAGCUCUCUGCGUGACCUGCGUGGCUCCCGUGUCUACGCCAGACACUUCCUCGGGAGAGGAGCAGAGCAGGAUGGUGGAGGGAGCACCGCAGUGUCCUCAGAAGGUGACAGGAGCACCGGCCCUGAAGGCAUGAUGGCCAAGACAGCGGAGGGAAACCUUUCUGCAGCCCCAGGGCCGGCCCAAGGCCGCGAUGUGACUCUGAAGUCGGAUUCCGAGCUGUUCAGCGAGCUGUUGGAGAGGGAAGGGCUGUUCUUGCCAGAGGUGACGGAGGAGCAGAGCCAAGCGCUGGGCGGCUCCAAGGGGCUGAGCGAGAGCGGCUCGCUGGCCAAGGUUGCAGCUGUGGUGGAGGUGAUCCAGAGCAGCAGCUCGGCGCUGGGGCUGCGCUUAGCUGGGCUCAAGCACAUCCUGAAGAUGCUGGAGGAGGAGCCCGAGUCGGAGCAGCAAGUCGGCACGGCCCAGGGCGGGCUGGGCAUCGGGAGUGCCGGGGAGAAGCUGGUGCAGGUGUCGGUGGAGCUGCUGAGCACGGAGGUGGCAGAGAAGGCGCUGGUGGCGGUGACGCUGCGGCUGCUGGCCGUGCUGCUGGCCCGCUACAAGUGGCGCGUGGCCUUUGCCACGGAGGGCGGCGUGCGGGCCGUGCUGGCCUGCAUGCAGCAGCACGGCUGCUCCGCCCUGGUGCAGCAGGCCGGGCUGGCGGCCCUGAAGGUGCUGGUGGGAGCUGCGGACGCUGAGCCGGGAGGCGCCGGCGGGAAGUGCUUGCCCUGGAACCACGGCGAUGCGCAGAUGAUGCGGGUGAUCUUUGCCAGCAUCGGCUCUGCCUCCAGCAAGGGCUCUGCCAGCCUGCUGAGCAGCAUCCCUGCUGCCCUGAGCACCAUGCAGAGGGUCCCAGGGGGCUCCUCAGGGGUGCAGAACGGCCUGCUGGUGGUGAACGUGCUGAUGGAGGGGCACCGGGGCCUGGCGGAGCAGCUGGCGAGCUGCGAUCUCCUGGCGGUGCUGCAGAGCUGCUGGAGGGCCGGGCAGAGCAGCGGCUGCCCCCAGGCAGUGCUGGCCCUCAGCGCCAUCAAUCGCCUGGCAGAGCACGGGCUGCCCCUGGGCCCGGAGGCAGCAGGUACCGCAGAGGUCCUGCUGGACGCGAAGGGCGUGCAGAUGCUGCUGGGUGGCAUGGACGAUGGCGUCCUGUCCAAGGAGGUGGUGGUGGCCCUGGAGCGGCAGCUGUGCAGUGAAGGCUCUGUUUGUUCUGGCCAGCUGGCCCAGCUGCUGCAGGACCACAGCUGCUUCAGGUUGUUGCUGCGCAGCUUGGAGCUGCUGGGGACAGAGAAGGCCGUGAGCCUGAGCAUCCUCAGGAUCCUGAACAAGUUCCUGGAGAGUUACCAGGAGGAUGUGCUGCCCUGGCAUGAGUGCGUGGAGCCCUGCGUGUCCUUCCUGAUCACCCACAGCAGCAGUUGGGAGGUGCUGCAGGAGGUCGUUGGCUUCCUGCACCGCCUGGGCAGUGCCAGCAAGGACUGUGUGGUGGUGAUGUGCCACGUGGGCACCCACGAGGCUCUGUCCAAGGCCCUGGAAAAGCACAGCACGGUCCCGUCGUUGGCGCCGGCCCUGCUCGAGCUGGUGAUGGAGUGUGAGAAGUACGCCGGCCUCUACAAGAAGCUGACGAGCAGCAUCUUGGCUGGCUGCAUCCAGCUGGUCCUGGGACAGAUUGAGGAGCACCGCCGGAGCCACCAGCCCAUCAGCAUCCCCUUCUUUGAUGUCUUCCUGCACAACCUGUGCCAAGGCUCCAGCAUGGAGGUGAAGGAGGACAAGUGUUGGGAGAAGGUGCAGGUCUCUUCCAACUCGCACCAGGCCAGCAAGCUCAUGGACAGGAACCCCAAGACCUACUGGGAGUCGAACGGCAGCACCGGCUCCCACUUCAUCACUGUGCACAUGCAGUGUGGAGUGGUGAUCAGGGAGCUGAGCAUGCUGGUGGCCAGCGAGGACUCCAGCUAUAUGCCAUCGCGGGUGGUGGUGCUGGGCGGGGACAGCCCUGCCACCAUCAGGACGGAGCUCAAUGCGGUGAGCAUCCUGCCCUCGGACAGCAGAGUGAUCCUGCUGGAGAACAUGACCCGCUUCUGGCCCGUCAUCCAGAUCCGGGUGAAGCGGUGCCAGCAGGGUGGCAUUGACACACGUGUGCGUGGCAUCGAGGUGCUGGGUCCCAAGCCCACCUUCUGGCCCAUCUUCAGGGAGCAGCUGUGCCGGCGGACGUUCCUCUCCUGCACUGCUCGGGCUCAUGCCUGGAGCCAGGAGAUCUGCCGAGACCGGGGGCGGCUGCUGCAGCUCUUUGGCAGACUGAACCGGGCGCUGCAGCACGAGCAGGGCUUUGCCAACCGCUUCCUUCCCGACGAGGAGGCAGCCCGGGCGCUGGGCAGGACGUUCUGGGAGGCCCUGGUGAACCCCUUGGUGCAGAGCAUCACCAGCCCAGACCCUGAUGGUGUCAGUCCCCUGGCCUGGCUGCUGAGUGAGUACCUGGAGAGCGUGGAGCUGCCCUGCCGUGCCACGGGACGCAGGGCUGCCUUUGGUUCCUGCGUGCGGCGCCUGACCCAGCUCCUGGUGCACGUGGACCCCGGCGGCCCCGAGCCAGAGGAGACCAGAGCAGCUGGUGGGAAGGAGGGGAAGAACAAGGAGGUGCCGGCCGGGACGGCAAAGGUCACGGUGAAGAAGUCGACAGGCCUGUGGGGAAUCUCGCAGUGCUGGCGUGGCGUGGUGCAGCAGCAGGUGCAGCGGUUCCUGGAGGCGGCGGGGCAGGCGCCGGACCUCGCGGAGCGCUACUGCCGGCUGUACCAGCGCCUGCGCGGGGCCACCGAGGAGCUCUUUGGGCAGCAGGCCGCCUUUGUGCUGGCCCUGGGCCAGGGCUUUGCGGGGGCUUUGCUGCAGCUCUCCUUCCUGACCGCCCUGCACGUGAGCGAGCAGUUUGCCCGCUACCUUGACGUGCAGAUCCAGGAGCUCCGCAGGGCUGCGGGCAGCACGGGGCCUCUGGAGCGGCUGCAGCAGUUCCUGGAGCCCUUUGUCGUCUUCAGUGGCCUGGAGUUUGCCCACACCUUUGAACACUUCUACAGGCACUACCUGGGGGACCGGCUCCUGACGCAAGGGCCAUCUUGGCUGGAAGAAGGCAUCGUGGAGCAGAUCGGGCUGUGCUUCCCCAGCCGCUUUCCCCAAGAUAUGCUGAACAACUUGGCCGAGUCGGAGAAGCUCCAGCAGCAGUUCUGCCUCUUCCAGCUGCAGGAGCAGGAUAAGCGGCUGUUGGAGCUGGACACGGGCCUGGACGAGGUGAGAGGGAUGGGAGCAUGGGGAGGCCGGAGGCCGCUGGCUCUUCUUGUGGGAUCCCGGAGCCUGAUUGAGCUGCCCUCGUGUCCCUGUGCCCAGGUGCUGGGAGCAGCCACAGUGGCAGAUGUGCCAGAGGUGAAGGUGCUGGCCCUGUCCCCAUGCUGCUGGCCUGUUUCCCCGCUCUGUUUCAUGGAUAACCCUGGGAGGUUUUUCCCGGCAGUGCUGAGCUCCCCACUGGAUGAGUUUGCUGACUUCUGCCGGCAGAGCCAGAGCCAGCUGGGCUGGGAGUGCACGAAGCCCCGUCGGCUGCAGUGGACGUGGCUGGGCCACGCCGAGCUGCAGUUUGGAGACUGCGUUCUGCACGUGUCCACGCUGCAGAUGUACAUCCUGCUGUGCUUCAACAGCGCCCAGGAGGUGGCUGUGGAGGCCCUGCUGCAGGCUACGGGGCUCCCUGCUGACCUGGUGCACCACGCGCUGACGCCGCUGACCCACGGCCAGGGCGUCCUGGUGGGGAGCUGCGCUCCAGGGGGUGCACUGCGGCUGAACCAGGCAGCCCUGGCCCAGAGCUCCGGCCGCCAGCUGAGGCUGCUGCCCCAGCAGAGGUACCUGCGGACAGAGAGGGCCGAGGUGAGCGCCCUGGAAAGGAAGAGGAACGUCCUGUGCUGCCUCAUCACCCGCAUCCUCAAGGUGGAGAAGCAGCUGCACAUCGACAACCUGGUGUUCAGGGUGAUCGAUGCCUGUCAGAAGGGCGAGUUGGGCCCAGGGGUGCAGUUCCUGAGCUUCUGCUGCCACAGCGUGGACGUGCUGUCCUGCAUCCUGCACCUGCUGAACCAGGGCUAUCUGCGGCGCCAGGAGGGGAGGCCGCAUGUCUUGGAAUACAUCUCUGCUGAAUCCACAACGCUCCCCACUUCUCAGGUCCAGCCACAGGUUGCCUUCCAUACUGUAGAGAUCAAGACAGCAGCAAGCCUGGCCUCUGCUGAAAGGAGACAGACUUUUUCCACAUUCAGGUAGAUGAGGACCUGGCUGGGAGAACUCAGGUUGAAUCCAGUCUUAUCUCUUCGUAAACACAUGUGUUUUAUUUAAAUAAAUGGGCCAAGCUCCAGUCCCACCGUGUAGUCUGUUGGGGAGUUCAGCUGGUCCGUGGCUGGGAGUGUGGCCUGGCCAUACCCUUGUGUGCU